AUGGUGGUAGCAACGACCAUAGCGCUUUACGCGAGUCCACCGAGCACUAUAUGCUCCACAGCGCACCAGAUCAACGCUCAUGUCUCCUGCGACCUCGAUCUGAACCCCAGAUCCUCGUCGGCGUCUUCCUCCACGGCGUCUCCGACAGUCGGAGGUCUCUCUUUGCUUUUCUCCGGCGCAUCCGUCAAAUCAUCGUCUUCCUCCUCAUCGCACCCAACAGUAGGAGAGGAAUUAUCUUCCAUACGCCAUGAUCGAAGCGAGGACCGGACCUUAAGCGGCUCCUUCUGCUAUUCUCCGAGCAAAUUCAUCGGCUCCUCGUACCUCAAACGAGACCACCAGAGCCCCGUCUCGGUGCUCCACGGUCCAAUUUCAUCAAGCAGCAGCCCUCCGAUGAGAAUUUCAAGAGAUCGGAACUCGGAUGGGGGUUUCCAUGGCGGCUCUUCUCUCCGCGUAGGAUCUAGCAGGUUGUUCAAUGGCUUCGUCAGGAAAGCGAUGAGAGCAAAUGGUGAUCCUUACCUGCAACAUUGUGUUGAGACUGCAAUGUUGUUGGCUGACAUUGGAGCUAACUCGACCGUUGUCGUAGCUGGGAUUCUACAUGAUACUUUAGAUGAUUCAUUCAUGAGCUAUGAUUACAUUCUCAGAACUUUUGGAUCAGGAGUCGCUGAUCUUGUGGAAGGGGUGUCUAAGCUUAGCCAACUAAGUAAACUUGCUCGGGAAAACAACACGGCGUGUAAAACCGUUGAAGCAGAUCGUUUGCACACUAUGUUCCUUGCAAUGGCAGACGCGAGAGCUGUUCUUAUAAAGUUAGCUGAUCGGUUACAUAACAUGUACACGCUUUAUGCUUUGCCUCCAUUGAAGCAGCAAAGGUUUGCUAAAGAGACUCUGGAGAUAUUUGCACCUUUGGCUAAUCGAUUGGGAAUCUCUAGCUGGAAAGUUGAGCUUGAAAAUCUAUGUUUCAAGCAUCUUCAUCCAGACCAGCACCACGAGAUGUCUGCUAUGCUCGAGGAUUCAUUCGACGAAGCUAUGAUUACUUCCGCGAUUGAGAAACUGGAGCAAGCGCUUAAGAAAGAAGGCAUCUCGUACCAUGUUCUCUCGGGACGGCACAAGAGCUUGUAUAGUAUCUACUGCAAGAUGUUGAAGAAAAAGCUGACCGUGGAUGAAAUUCAUGACAUUCAUGGGUUACGUUUGAUUGUUGACAAUGAGAAAGAUUGUUACAAGGCCUUAGGAGUAGUUCACAAGCUAUGGUCUGAAGUUCCUGGGAAGCUGAAAGAUUACAUAACUCAUCCCAAGUUCAACGGGUACCAAUCUUUGCAUACCGUAGUGAUUGGCGAUGGAAGAAGUAUUCCUCUGGAAGUUCAAAUACGGACAAAGGAGAUGCAUUUGCAAGCUGAGUUUGGGUUUGCGGCUCACUGGAGAUACAAGGAAGGUGACUGCAAACACUCAUCCUUUGUGCUUCAGAUGGUUGAAUGGGCUCGAUGGGUUGUGACCUGGCACUGCGAAACCAUGAGCAAAGACAGAUCCUCCAUCUGCUCCUCCGAGCCAUUGUGCAGCUUCCCGUCUCACGCUCAAGACUGUCCGUUUUCCUAUAAGCCUAAUGGUGACCAAGAAGGACCAGUCUAUGUCAUUGUAAUCGAAAACGACAAGAUGACUGUGCAAGAGUUUCCGGCGAGUUCCACGGUAUCGGACCUGUUAAGCAGAGCAGGACCAGGGAGCUCGAGAUGGUCAAUGUACAGCAUCCCGGCGAAGGAAGAGCUAAGGCCGAGGCUGAACCAGAGACCUGUAAGUGAUGUGAAAUGCAAGCUGAAGAUGGGAGACGUGGUGGAGCUGACUCCAGCCAUACCUGACAAGUCUCUGACUGAAUACAGAGAGGAGAUUCAGCGGAUGUAUGAUCGAGGGCUCGCCUUUUCUCGCCCUCGCCGUGCAGCAAUGGUUGGCCGGGGAAGCUAACAUGUUCUUCGGUUUCUUUAGUCAAAAACAGAGAGAUCCUCCUUGUUCACGUAUACUUUAGUUAUUAUUUAUGUAUAGUAAUAUGAUGCUUCAGAAAGAUUUGGUGUACCUUGUUUGUUCUUGUGUUGAUUCUAAGAAAACAUUGUAUAUAAUAAUAAUAAUAAUAAUAUGCACUUACACAUAUAGGCUAAUGAAAACUAGACUCUGGUG